GUCGAUUAAAAAUGACCGUAUGUGUGUACGACUGUAUUGUAGCUAUGCAAGGACGAAACGUUUUAUCACGAUACAUGAAAUUAUUUAAUUGAAUAGGAAACAACAAUCGAUUUUCCAUCUUGUCGACGAGGUUUCGGAAGAUUAAUAGCCAAACUCACAGAGUUCUUCUGGAGUGAGAGACCAUGGGCCGGCUGGAUGAUGCCGCCAAACACAAAGUGGUGGAGCUGCGGAAGGCUGGUCUGAGUUUUCGUAAGAUCAAAGCUGUGCUGGAAUUGGAGAAUAUCAAGGUGUCUGCCCAGGCCAUCUACUUGUUCCUGAGGGAGUUUCAAGGGAGGCCACCAGGGAGGGUCAGACCUGUGGAAGCUGGAAGCAGCACAUCAGCAACACAGGUGCAGCCUCUAGCUAUGGCAGCACAAGAGAACUGGAGUAACAUUCAUCUCCAAAACCUUCGGCGGGACACAUCUCACCAUGCUGGCUUUACAAUAACUGCAAACUUUGCCAAACAGACUUCUACAAAUCCGGAUGCUGGUGGAAAACCAUCAGGGUCUGGGGAGAUGAGUGGAGGCUGCAGGCCAGAACAGCAACUAGAGGGAGAUAAGGAAGAAAAUGACAUCCAAAUUGUUAGUGUCACUUCCCUUGCACAGAACAACCAACAAAGAAGCUCUCGGUCCACUGUAACAAGGGCUGAAGCAGGUACAGUGUCUAACACACUAACAACUUCUGGAGCAUUCAUGAGGAGGAGAGUCACUCCUUCUCCAGCCACCAAUUCAAUGCUGGCAGCACGAAAGAGGCUUCUGGAUAAAGCCCUGUCACACAGGAUGAAACAGUCAUUCCACCAGGUGGCAUCAUUGUUGAGGAGAGAUCAUUUGAGCGUCCAAGCUGCUGAUUUGAGAAGCACAAUGUCACAACCGCCUGAAACUUACGAUCUGACAACUGAAAAGACUGUUAUGGAAGGUCAGCCCGGAGGAGGCUGUGCCCCCAGGCGUUUUCUCACGCAGAGACCAGGUGUGUCUGUCCGUUCCCUUCACCCUCUCCCUCGGGUUGGCAUUCGUCUUCCUAACCGGUCACCAUCACCUUUAACGCCUUCUGGUCCUGGGAUUGGUGCUAUCCGACUACAGACCCCUGGAGGCCAAGGGGCCUCUCGUAGUGAGGGCAACCCGAGCUCCCAGCAGGCUGUCCAAGACACUGGAGGAAGAGGUGGAUUGCAGGAUCAGAUUCAGACCCUGGGCUCUGAGGUGCACAGCUUAGGUCUGGCAGUGAAGAUGCUGGUAGAGCAGCAGUGCCGCCUGGAGAGGGAGCAGGUGCAGCAGACCCACAUUCAGAAGCAGAUCCUCAGCACUCUACAGAGUUUUGCCUCCAAAUUAGGAUGUUGUAGCAGUGUUCAACAGCAGCACAACAAAACUCCAUCACCUUCUGAUUUUCCAGCAUCUUCUGCAUCGACUUCCUUCAGCCAAGACACCUUCAACUUAAAUCAAGUCAUAUACACUCAGUGCAGCCAAACCCAGCCAAGCUACAACUCUUUAGAGAGUUUAGAAAAUGUAGAGGCCUUUAAACUGCCAGGACUUAACCCUUCAAGCAUGAAUGGGUUUCCACCAUGUAGCAAUUCUGAGAACCUUCCACUUACUCACACGCCCCCCCAAACACAACAGUAUGCAGCUGCUUACCCACAGCAAAACAGUCAAACACUCAUGCCACCCUACACACAGUCCUACGUCUCUACAUAUCAGUCACAUUCUCAGACUUUUGGGGAAUCAGAGAGUAAACCACCUGACUUCUCAAGCAGCUGUUCAGCAAGGACUCUCCAGGACUGCAGUGUUUCCACGCAGCCACAGGAUCAACAGAUCAAUAUUAUCAAAGUGGAAGGGCCUUAAAGGGCUUCAGAUGCCACAGACUGUUUUAAGACCAUAAGGGCUUGGAUGUGUUUUUUUCACUUUAGGGCACUUAUUGUCGACACACAUGAACUUAUGCUGUAGCAUUUCUUAAAUUUAUUAAUUUUAUUUCCAGAGUUUGUUUUAAACAAAUACAAACAGCAAUAGAAUGAAAACAUAACAGUACUUUUGUAAUAAUGAGUUUAUGAUUUGUCUUCACCAUAGACGAUGAUUACAAAAUAAGAGAAACGUGUAUGUGUAGGUGUUUUGUCAUCUUUUUAAAACUUCUUAUUUAUUUUGUAUGUUAUUUUUGUAUCACCAAAUAAACACAUUAUGAUCUGUUAAAUGUCAUACUUCGAUGGUAAUUAUUAUAUAGGUAUUGCGUGAGAAGUUAACAUGUUGAGACAAUUUCCACAAAAACAUUUUCCGUGAUAUAAAACAUUUUGUUAUUAAGAGUUUGAUAUCAAUGUAUCAAAGUUGUGUGACAGUGAGAUGAGUAUGUUCACAGUAUAAAGCUGAAGCUUACUAAAGGUGCA